AUGUCUCGCAGAACCCAACGCCUUUCUGCGCUGUUCCUUCUCCCUACAAAAGCGCAGGUCGCCAGGGAAGUUGAAACUUGGUUUAACUGCAGGGGACAGGGAACCUCCAGCAGCUGCAAAGGGAGACUCGGCGGAGCUAUCCCAGCAGCGAAGCCGUGGAAGAGCUCAUGGUCUGCUUGUGGUUGCUUUCAGGCUCCUCCAGGAAAGGUGGAAGAGGUGGUGAAGUUCGCUAUUGAUGCAGGCUACCGCCUCUUCGACUGUGCCUAUUUCUACCAGAAUGAAAAUGAAAUAGGGAAUGCAGUCCAGCAGAAGAUCAAGGAGGGGGCUGUGAAACGGGAAGACCUCUUCAUUGUCACUAAGUUGUGGAACACAUUUCACGAGAGGUCCCUGGUCAAGGUAGCGUGCCAGAAGAGCCUCGCUGCACUGCAACUGGACUACCUUGAUCUCUACCUGAUACACUUCCCUAUGGGAUUCAAGGCUGGUGAAGAACUACAUCCUGUGGAUGAUAAAGGUAUGAGUAUCCCCAGUGAUACUGAUUUUCUGGACACAUGGGAGGCCAUGGAAGAGCUGGUGGAUGCUGGUCUGGUAAAAGCCAUUGGAAUCUCCAACUUUAACCAUGAGCAGAUUGAAAGAAUCUUAAACAAGCCAGGACUAAAAUACAAGCCAGUAAAUAACCAAAUCGAAUGUCAUCCAUACCUGACCCAGGAAAAGUUGAUCAAGUACUGUAAAUCCAAAGGGAUCUCUGUGACAGCAUACAGCCCCCUUGGCUCUCCUAACCGCCCAUGGGCCAAGCCAGGGGAACCUGUGCUGCUGGAUGAUCCCAAGAUUAAAGAGAUUGCAGUUAGACAUCAUAAAACCCCUGCCCAGAUUCUGAUCCGGUUUCUUAUCCAAAGAGACGUGAUCGUCAUUCCCAAGUCUGACAAACCACAGCGUCUUGAGGAAAACAUCAAGGUAUUUGACUUUGAACUGUCUGAAAAGGAGAUGGAUGUCAUCCUCAGCUUUAACAGGAACUGGAGGGCAGUUCCAGUGCUCCAAGCUGUCAAUCACAAGGACUACCCCUUCAAAGCAGAAUAUUAA